AUGUCGUCUUCUGGGUCCACGACUGCGGCACAGGCCAGUAGUGGAAGCUGGUCAGCCUUCCUCAAGUCAAUCGCCUCCUUUAAUGGAGAUCUUUCGUCUCUCACUGCGCCGCCUUUCAUCUUGUCGUCCCAAUCUCUCACCGAAUUCUCAUCAUAUUGGGCAACUCAUCCGCCCAUCUUCACCGCUCCUGCUGCCGAAGCCGACCCCGCCAAGCGCGCUGUUCUCGUCUUGAAAUGGUUUCUUUCAACACUCAAGCAUCAAUAUGCCAGUAGAAGCGAACAGUUUGGGAAUGAAAAGAAGCCUUUGAACCCGUUUCUUGGCGAGCUGUUCCUAGGCACUUGGACUGACGAAGCCGGCGAGACCACACUCAUUUCCGAACAAGUCAGCCACCAUCCUCCCGCGACUGCUUACUGCAUCCGCAACGACAGGACUGGGGUUCAGCUGGAAGGAUACAAUGCCCAAAAGGCCACGUUUAAAAGCACCAUCAUUGUAAAGCAAAUUGGUCACGCAGUGCUGACAGUCCCGGUUGGGCCUCGUGAUAAACAGGAGCAUGAACAUUAUCUAAUCACACUUCCAUCUCUUCAUAUCGAGGGUCUUAUUUUUGGCGCACCUUUUGUCGAAUUAGAUGGGUCAAGCUGCAUCAGUAGCUCCAGCGGUUAUACUGCCAAGAUCGAUUACAGUGGCAAGGGCUGGCUGUCGGGUAAGAAGAAUAGUGUUGUCGCUACUCUUUAUCCCACAGGCAAGGAGAAAGAGGUGUUAUAUAACGUUACGGGCCAAUGGACCAAAGAAUUUGAGAUAUAUGAAGGGCCUGCCAAGAAGAACUCACCAGCCACAUUGUUUGCUACGUACGACGCCGUUGGGACCGCCCAGACUGAGCUCAACGUUGCCCAUAUAGAUGAUCAGUACCCUCUCGAAUCUCGUCGGGCUUGGGCUAGGGUUGCCAAAGCUAUUCAAGCCGGCGAUAUGGAGACGGUCUCGGUUGAAAAAGGCAAAAUUGAGCAAGCGCAGCGGGAUCUGCGAAACAAGGAACGAUCUGAGGAGCGGACUUGGGAGCGACGUUAUUUUUCUUCCGUAGCUGAAGACCAGGUUCUGAAAGAGCUAGGCGAUGCUGCUGGGAUUCCCUUGAAUGGUGAAGAGGAUAAGACAGGUGGCCUAUGGCGAUUCGAUGCAGAGAAAGCCGCCAAGGCGUCUACCGAAAAGCUCAGCAGCGAGCAAGUACAGGAGAUUGAAAAAGAAGUGCUUGGACAGUAG